AUGAAAGUCAAUUGGCCGGCGAGAAACCAAAACGCGAUGAGCAAACCAUGCCUCGACGUGCUCAAAGCAUUGCCUCUGGAUGUACGAACGCUUAAAACUCUUUCUGAAAAACUACGAAGCUCUUCAAAACCAGAAGAGCUCGUUUCACUUCUACGUCAAUAUGAGCUAACAAGAGACACCAAAACCCUGGAAAACAUCAUCCAUCGCACGUACUUCCAGUGGUCCAGUACGCUGCCGCCACACCUUCACUCUUUUCGCAAACACUACGUGGAGUUACGAAACCACUGGCCCUACGAGUGCCACCGAAGCAUUUUGUUCAUGGAGUCCCCAAAGUCACAGUCGCUGCGAUUCAUGUGGAGCAACGACAGCCCAAGAGCUCUAACGACAAUGCACUACAACCUUCAUUCCUGGGCUUCACAUGAAGAACAACAACCAGCGCCGUUAGCCAAUCUGCAGCGGACUGUUCUCUUCCACGAACUGUUCCAACACUACAUGUUCCUCAAGAGAAACCCUCAUCUCUGCAAAAACCGCAAGACGCUUGCCAUCCCAAUCGUAGAAAUCCCAAUGAAACCUCUGGGACAGACGAUCCCGGACUCAAGAAUACGAAACCUGUUCAAACGGAAGGUGGCAUACGUGUGGAAGGUGCUGGCGCAAGAAAACCCACCACUGUCGACCUCGCAAGAACAGUGUCUUGCCGAAAUAGUCGAUUCGCCCCUGCCGUCGUCAACGGUCGAAAGUCGGAGGUCUUUGCAGAGGAUGUAUCGACGCGCUUGUAAGGGAGCCUAUGUGAUACGGCCCCAUUCAGAUCUCGGGCUGGAUAUCGCGGAAAGUAGUCUUCUCAAAAAACUGUAG